AUGGAUCCUGCCACUGGAGCGAUAGCUGUAGCUGCCACUAUGGCAGUAGGUGCUUAUGUGAACGCGAAACUCCAUAUUCAAACAGAUAUCCAACAACUCAAAAAUGAUCGGAAUUGGGGGAAAAGGCUCGUUAGCCGUAUACAGACUCUCGGCGACAAAUGUUCUCUAUAUCAUAUGUUCAAUGGCGUGGAUCCCACGAUUGAAUUCUUAUGGUUUGAAGCCAAGACCUGGACUUACGGCGAUAUCAAAAACGAGGUCAACAAGUUAGCUGCUCUUCUAGAAGCGGAGGGUGUGUCCAAGGGUGACCAUGUUGCAGUUUUCAUGACCAACUCACCCGAGAUGGUUAUAACCAUUUUAGCUCUGUCGAAAUUGGGUGCUGUGUCUGGGAUGAUCAACAUCAAUCUUAGAGAUGAAACUUUGAAGCACUGUUUGACGAUCUCGACUGCUCAGACCGUAAUAUCGAGCCCUGAUCUAUCCGACUUCGUCCAGGAACCGAUGAGACAUUUCUCCCUCAAUGCGUCGUCUUUCUCUGCAACUCCACGACCAGAAGACCCGUCAAUAACCUUCCUUGAACUGAAGGAUCUUCCUACCCCAUCUACAGUCACUCCUGGAGCUAAGGGGUCACUCCAAGAUGUGGCUACCCUCAUCUAUACUUCCGGGACUACCGGAAAGCCCAAAGCUUGCGCCGUUCGAAAUUUUUUGAUUCUCACAACUUGCGUCCCUAACUCUCACGAUGCUAAUAAUCCCGGGAAAUACUUCCCCCUUAGAACUUACUCACCACUACCCCUGUUCCAUGGCACCGCCUUCUUCACUGCACUUUGCUACAACAUCAGCACCUCCUCCACGCUAUGUCUCGCUCGGAAAUUUUCCACUUCCCGCUUUUGGAAAGAUGUGACCGACUCCCGUGCGACCCGUAUUUUAUACGUCGGCGAGUUAUGUCGAUAUUUAGUCCAUUCACCUCCAUCGCCCUUCGAUCGCGGGCACAACUGUAUUGUCGCGGCUGGAAAUGGUCUAAGGGGCGAGAUUUGGGAGAAAUUUAAAGUCCGAUUUGGUAUCCCGGAGAUUCGAGAGUUCUACCGCUCAACGGAAGGUGCGGCGAAAUACGAUAACAUCGGUCGCGGGGCAUGGGCUGCGGGGAAAGUGGGAUUUGCAGGACCGAUCAGGAGAUACCUCGAAAAAGAUACGUUCAUCGUGAAGGUGGAUCCGGAGACUGAAUCUCCAUAUCGGGACCCCGUGACCGGAUUUUGUGUUCCGGUGAAAUUAGGAGACGUCGGCGAGGUGAUUGGAAGGGUGAAGGAUCGGAAAUUACUAACUGAGUAUCUGAACAAUACCUCCGCCACAGAGGAAAAAAUAAUCUUUGAUGUCUUUGAGAAGGGUGAUAUCUUCCAGAAGGCGGGCGAUCUGCUGUUCCAAGAUCAGGAUGGUUGGGUACAUUUCUAUGACCGUAUGGGUGACACUUUCAGAUGGAAGGGAGAAAAUGUUAGCGCGGGAGAAGUCCGAGACCAUCUUGCAAAGCUUCCCGAAGUCAUUGAUGCAGUCGUGUACGGAGUGAAAUUGGCAAGCUAUGAUGGACAGGCUGGCGCCGCGGCACUCACCUUGGAUUCAGCAGCCGAUGGGCCAUUCAUGCAAACUCUCUACCCACGGCUGAAGAAGACCGGCCUCCCUCCAUACGCGAUGCCGCGCCUUGUGAGAAUCACACCAGAGAUUGAAGUAAACGCCACCUUCAAGAAAGCAAAGGGUGAUUUAAUAAAAAAGAGUUGGAUUUCAGAGGGGGAUAACGAUGAUAAGCUUUACUGGCUUAAUGGAACAAAAUAUGAGAAAUUGGGCGUUGACAACUGGAGAGCUAUUGAAGUUGGGAGCGCGAAGUUGUAG